AUGUCAAACAGUCAACCGGAUCCGCUGGUUCGCCAGCACACCAACGACAUCGAGUUGGGUGUUUCAGAUGUCUUGCAACGUCAUGUCACGAGGCAUGUUGUGGCGCCAAAGCCGGUGUCGCAAAAGAAGCUCAAUUUCGAGCACAAGCGACCGCGUAUCCUGCGGGAAAUGAUGGCAGAAGCCACCGGCGUCUUCUUCUACGUCUUCCCUGGCAUUGCUUCAGUCGCCUCAUUCACGUUAGCCACCACCAAUGGAGUUGGCGCCCAAGUGGGGAUUCCGGUCUUUGGAUCUCUUUUCCAGAUCGGUUGGGCCUUUGCCAUUGGCAUCGCGUUUGCCAUUAUCACUUGUGCACCUGUGAGUGGUGGACACUUCAACCCGGCCAUCACAUUGUGUUUCGCCAUCUGGCAAGGAUUCCCAUGGCGCAAAGUCCCGCACUACAUCUUCUCGCAGAUCUUCGGCGCCUUCGUGGCCGGCCUCUUCCUCAUGGCCUGCUACUGGCCCCAGAUCCAGGCGGCCAAGGCUAUCGACCUGAAGACGCACGGCACGGCCGUCUACAACGGCGGUGUGGCCAGCAUAUUCUGCGCGUUCCCGAACCCCGAUCAGACGAACCAAGGGUACCUGUUCUUCCAGGAGUUCUUUGUCGAUUCCUACAUUGGCAUCGUCAUCUGGGCGUGCUUGGACCCGGCGAAUCCGUUCGUGAGCCCCACGAGUGCGCCCUAUACGAUUGGCAUCGCCUAUGCGGCUAUGGUUUGGGGGUUUGCUGGUAACACCCUUUCGACCAAUUUGGCAAGAGAUCUGGGUACGCGUAUUGUGGCGGCGAUCUUCUUCGGUGGCGAGGCGUUCAGCUACAAUAAUGGAUACUCGUGGAUUUCGAUCCUUGUCAACGUUCCCGCCACAAUCUUUGCGACAGGUUACUAUGAAUUCCUUAUUAGGGAUAGUUUGCAGAAGAUUCAGGGUGGGCAUGCUGAGCAUGAGGGUGGAGAGGAGGGUUUGACGAGGUAUUUGAGUAAGGUUACAGGUGAGGAUAUCCCAACCGAGAAUCAAACCUCCGAACGUGGGAUCAUGAAUGCGGCAAAUGGUGUGUACGAGAAGCAGUUUUGA